GUUCCCUCCACUACAAAUUUUCUAAUUCACGCUUUACCUACCUUUUACCUCUCCAACUUCACUUUUCAAAGAAAAACCCUAAAACCAUACCAAAUAAUUCUCUCAAAUUCGUAUUCUGCGAGUCGACUUGGGCACAGAAGUUUGUACUUGUAGGACAUAAAGAACUAUGACGGACACUCCUGAAUCUGAUGGUUCCGUUAGGAAAUACACCUUGCGGAAGAAAGCAGGUUCUAAAAAUUAUGAUGAGAACUUGAUCGACGAGUUAAUAGAUACGCACUUGGGUACUUCAAGAAAGAAAAGAAAUAGAACAAGGGAAGAUUUGGAGAAAGAAACUGAAACAGAGGCUAUGAUAGCAAUAUCCCUGGGUUUUCCAAUUGAUGCUUUGCUUGAGGAGGAGAUUCAAGCAAAGGUGGUGAGUGAAUAUGGUGGAAAAGAGCAGAAUGAUUACUUAGUUGUGAGAAAUCAUAUUCUUGCUAGAUGGAGGAGUAAUGUGCGGGUGUGGCUAUCAAAAGGACAGAUUAGAGAAACAGUGAGUAGUGAGUAUGAGCAUUUGAUGUCUACAGCAUAUGACUUUCUUCUCUAUAAUGGAUAUAUCAAUUUUGGGCUUUUGGCAUCAGCCACUUCCCCUAUGCCAGACGUGAGUACUGAGGGAUCUGUUAUAGUAGUUGGUGCAGGACUUGCUGGAUUAGCAGCUGCAAGGCAGCUCAUGUCAUUUGGUUUUAAGGUGGUUGUUCUAGAAGGUAGAAAUAGGCCUGGUGGUAGAGUUUAUACUCAGAAGAUGGGUACAAAGGGUAAGUUUGCAGCUGUUGAUGUUGGCGGCAGUGCUAUUACUGGCAUCCAUGCUAAUCCUCUUGGAGUUCUCGCUAGGCAGCUUGGCAUUCCACUUCACAAGGUCAGAGAUAAUUGCCCUUUGUAUAAACCAGAUGGGGCACCUAUUGAAAAGGAAGUUGAUUCCAAGAUCGAGUUUGUUUUUAAUAAGUUGCUGGAUAAGGUGAGCGAACUAAGAGAACUUAUGGGUGGAUUUGCAAAUACUAUUUCUCUCGAUUCAGUUCUGGAGACACUAAGGCGAUUGUAUGCUUUGGCUAAGACUACCGAGGAGAAACAACUUCUUGAUUGGCAUCUUGCUAAUUUGGAAUAUGCAAAUGCAGGAUGUCUUUCGGAUCUGUCAGCUGCCUACUGGGACCAGGAUGAUCCUUAUGAAAUGGAUGGGGACCACUGCUUCCUUGCUGGUGGCAAUUGGAGACUUGUAAAAGCAUUAUGUGAAGGAAUUCCUAUAUUCUACGGGAAGACUGUGAAGACAAUUAGAUAUGGAAAGGAGGGAGUGGAGGUGGUUGCUGGUGAUCAAGUGUUUCAAGCAGAUAUGGUCUUGUGCACCGUGCCUCUUGGAGUGUUGAAGAAAAGAGCCAUCCAAUUUGAACCAGAGUUGCCUGAAGGAAAGCUGGCAGCAAUUGAGAGAUUGGGUUUUGGAUUGCUGAAUAAAAUUGCCAUGGUUUUUCCUCAUGUUUUCUGGGGUGAGGACCUGGACACUUUCGGAUGUCUCAAUGAACACAGCAAUAAACGAGGAGCAUUCUUUUUGUUCUAUGCAAAGCAUACUGUUUCUGGAGGACCAGUUCUUAUGGCGUUGGUAGCUGGUGAAGCUGCAAAGAUGUUUGAAGCCACAAAUCCAUCUAUUUUGCUUUAUCGUGUUCUAACUGUUCUUAGAGGUAUAUAUGGUCCAAAAGGUAUUGAUGUGCCAAAUCCCAUACAAACAAUAUGUACAAGAUGGGGCAGUGAUCCCUUUUCAUAUGGUGCAUACUCUCAUGUUCGGGUACAGUCAUCUGGCAAAGAUUAUGAUACACUGGCAGAAAGUGUGGAGGGUCGGCUAUUUUUCGCUGGUGAGGCCACAACUAGGAAAUAUCCAGCGACCAUGCAUGGUGCCUUCUUGAGUGGCCUAAGAGAAGCCUCAACCAUUUUGAAGGCUACAAGAAGUCGUCAAAAUAGUUCAAGGAAGUCCGUGCAGAAAAAUGUUGGAACAACCAACGAUAUACUGCUAAAUCUAUUCGGGAGGCCUGAUCUUGCAUUUGGAAAAUUCUUGUUUGUAUUCAACCCUUCAACAGAAGACCCAAAAUCAAUGGGGCUUAUGAGAGUUACAUUUGAAAAAUGUGGUGAGGAUUUAAGGAAGGAAAUAGAACAAGGCCGUCAGCUUCCAUUGCAGCUCUACGCAUCAGUUUCUCGUGAACAGGCACAUGAACUACAACAGCAUACUGGAGGGGAUGAAGCUAAGUUGUCCUACUUAACAAAAACUCUCGGCUUGAAGCUAAUGGGAUCUGACGCCCUUUGUGCUGCUGCUAGUUCAUUGAUUUCUCGUAUUGCUAGUGCACGGAGAGGCAGGGGCAAGCACCGGCUGAUUGUUGGCCAGUAAGUUACAGUCUAAAUGUCAAAUUAGUAACUUUCAGACGCUUUGCAUUUUAGUAUGCGUUCUGUUUUGUGCAAAUGCAUGCUCCAUGAGGAGAUGACCUGAUCGAUCCUGCGUUUUCUUCCUUUGGUGUCAUGUCCUAUACAUUGUUUACUGUAGAACAGUGGUUUCACUGAUGGUGAGCAACUAAGUGGCUGAUCAAGCUCUGAAAGUUUAGGCAAAAAAUCUGUAUGUACAAGCAAACCGUAGUCAACAACAAAGCAUUAUAGGAAAUUUGGUUGUAAUUUUUGUGCCUUUUAGGGUUUACAAGGUAUCCUUGUAUGCAUACAACAUAUUUCUUUAUAGAACAUUCUCUUAUUUCAUACUUUAGUAUUGAAUC